AGCACAUUUUCAGCGCGCCUGUCGCCCUUCUUGAGCUCAGCCCGCUAAAUUUCCUGCGGUUUACUGAUGUGAUGUUAGCUGACGUUAAUCAACAUGUUAUCCAAUUUGCUAUGUCGAUUGUUGGGACCUGUCACAAAUACUCCACAAAUGUUUGUUCGGAGUCCCUGUGUCCAUGUGCAUUUGGUUCCUGUAGCUAAGAGCUUUAGCACAGGCUCUGGUGACCCACCGAAAUUUCCGCUGAAUGGAUACGUGCGAUUUCUACUGCAGCAAAGACCUGUGAUUGUCAAGCAGUAUCCAGGUAUUACAUUUGUCGACGUCUCUAGAAAGAUUGCACAGCAGUGGCAAAGCCUCACACCUCAGCAGAAACAGCCCUUUGAGAACACGGCACAAGCAGCCAUGGACAAGUAUAAAGAAGAGCUGAAGCACUUCCACGCCCGGCUCACUCCAGAGCAGUUUGAUGCACUGCUAAAAAUGAAGCAACAGAAGCUGGUCACAAGGAAAAACCUCAGUUUGAAGAGAGAGCUGACACGGCUGGGAAAACCCAAAAGGCCCAGAUCUGCCUCGAAUAUAUUCCUUUCAGAACGCAUGUCAUUGACCGGUGGUACAACCAUGCAGGCAAAGCUGUCAUCAUUAAUGUCCGACUGGAAAAAACUGGACGACGCGCAGAAAAAGACCUACCGGCAACUUGCAGAGGAUGAUAAAGUUCGCUACACACAUGAGAUUAAAGCAUGGGAGAAAAACAUGGUGGAGAUUGGGAGGGAGGAUCUGGUUCGAAGUAAAGACAAGAGCAAGAAGACAAAAGUGAAAAGGCUGCCCAGACGGACUUCACCAGCCCAAAAGAAUAAAAAGGCCUGAAGAGUGAUUCUACUGAAAGUAAGUUGCCACUCUGACUCAUGUGACUCUGAUGUAGGAAAGACGUCAGUAUUGAAGUCUUCACCAGUAUCUCUUGAUGCUACUCCACAAUUUUACAUAAUUAGCCAUGCAAGAGAACCUGGCACUCAUUUCAGUUGAAGAAUCCAGUCUUCAAAAAUGCACAGUUGGAAUGGUGGGAUUCUUUAAACACUGGUGCAAAUGGUUUCUGAAGACCACCUUCAUUUCACUGAGGGAAGAAAGAAGUCCCCAAAAACAUCUGAAUAAAUGUUGGCAUUUAUUGCUUUCUAAUAUGGCUGAAUAGUGCCCAGGCAUAACACCACCAUGAUGUAUAAAGGGAAGAACCUGCAGUAACCGAAAUGACUGAUGUGAUUGUCACAGAGGAGUGGGAGCAAAAGUGUAGCAGAGAUUGGGCACUAUACUGCAGUGUGACCAGGGACUGCACUGCCAUGCGGUUAGUUAAUGUCUUUUGUACAAUAUCAUACCGAAGGUUCAUUUUUCUGUAUCAUGCAGGUCUGUUUUGUAUACCACCUAUAAUGGCUUAAUAAAUGUUUUAAGUGAUUUUUUUCAAAAGGUAUUUGAAUAUUAUUAUUUUUUUACAUUGUCACACACUCUGAAUUGACUAAAAGAAUAAUUCCUUGACUGAAGUAUAUUUUAUCCUGCUACAAAUCCUGAUUCAGUUUAGUUUUUCUGACAGAUCUCUGCUUAAAAGUUGUAAAAAGCAAUCUGUGACCUUGAAACCCUUUCCUAAUCACUUUAUAUCCUAAUGGUUGCUCAUGUUUCCUUCAAAACUUUCUCUUCAGCAGUGAUUUUCAUGAAACUGCGAGGCAGGCUUAUGCAAGUACAGAUCAUCAGGAAGCCAGGGCCACCUGCAUACUCCAAUCACACUGUUCAACACAGCCACAUACAGUCCCCUUAAAAAGUAUUGGAACGGCAAGGCCAAUUCCUUUGUUUUUGCAAUAUACUGAAUACAUUUGGGGAUGAGAUAAAAAGAUGAACAUGAGACAAGAGUUCAGAAUUUCAGCUUUUAUGUCCUUGUAUUUACACCUACAUGUGUUAAACUACUUAGAACAUAGCACAUUUGGUAUCAGACCACCCAAUUUUAGGUGAGUACAUUUAAGUAAAUGAAAGUAAAUGACACUUAAUAUUUGGUAGCAUAUCCCUUGCUUGCAAUAACUGCAUCAAGCCUGUGACCCAUUGACAUCACCAAACUGCUGCCUUCUUUUCUGAUGCUUUUGCUGCAGCUUCUUUCUGUUGUUUGUUCCGGGAGUUUUUUUUCCUUCAGGAGGUGAAAUGCAUGUUCAAUUGGGUCUGGUGAUUGACUUGGCCAGUCUAAAACCUUCCACUUUUUCUCCAUAAUGUCCUUUGUUGUCUUGGCAGUGUGUUUUGGUUCAUUGUCAUGCUGCAUGAUGAAGUUCCUCCCAAUUAGUUUGGACACAUUUCUCCGUAGACAGAAUGUUUUUCUGAAUUCAUCCUGCUGCUGCUAUCAUGAGUUAUAUCAUCAAUGAAGAUUAGUGAGCCCACUCUAGAAGCGACCAUGCAAGCCCAAGCCAUGACACUUCCUCCAUUGUGCUUCACAGCUGAAAAUUGUGUGGUCUGAUAUAAAAGGUGAUAUGUUUAUUUAACAAAUCUAGAUAAAAAUAUCAGCUGAAAUUUGGAUCUGUCAUCUCAUGUACAUUAUUUUGACCUCAAACUCAAUUGUAUUCAGUGUAUAACAAAAAAAAAAUGAAUUGACCUUUCCGUUCCAAAUUUUGGACGGGAUGUGCUUGUAGAUGAGAGUAAUGGUUGAUGCACCAUGCAGUGAAGAUAUUUGUCAAAUGCUCCUACCGAAUUUUGUUGUUCAUGUGUAUUUCUCGACAAAAUUGUAUGUUAUAUACCUGAUACUGUACGUCAACCAGACAACCAAAAAAGCAGUAUUUAAACCAGCAGAUUUGUCUCACAUUUUAGAAGGGAACUAGAGCAACUGUAGCUCCUAAACUUUUCUAAUGUGAUUUUUUUUGUAUGUCUUCAAAAUGGUAAAUAUUUGAUGUAUACUGUAUUAAAACUGGUGUUCCUCAAAUAACAUUUCAUUUGAAUGGAUUGUUUUAUCUAAAUGGAUGGAAAGGACUCCCAGCAUACCUUCUUGCUAUUUUGGAGUGUAUGGAGUUUUAUUAUGAGAAUAAACAAUCGCUGGCUUGGC